UUCCAGGGCGAGACACCAGCGCAGACCGUCAGCUCCCUGGGCCAAGCGCUGCGAGCCGUGGGCGGCCUGACCAAGCCGAGUGGCCGAGGGUUAUUCAUGUUCCAGUGCCUGCUGGCGGGGAGCUCUACGGCGGCCAUCAUCGGCCUGUUCGGGGCGACAGUGCUAGGUUACGCCUUCACGGCCGGCGCAGUCGGGUUCCUGGGCGGCUCCUGCGUGGGUUUUCUCCUGGGCAGCAUCGGGUAUUAUCGAACAUGCUGCCGUCAGAGCUUGAUCGCUUUCAUCAGGUAUCCCGAGCUCAUGAGACACCACAUUGAUAUCGAUUUCGGCAUGCAUGGCGUAGAGAAAGCCUCGCGGUUCCGGGGCACAAGUGUGCAGAAGACUGUGCAGGAGGUCCGGAGUGAUGUGGCGCUCCAGGGGAUGUUGGUGGCCGCCUGGCACUCAGCUGUGCCGGCUAUCGAGGACAUUCAAAACCAAGAGGAGGCUCGGCUGGUAUCUAAUCAGGAGGGCCAACCAUGCAAGACAUGA